AAAAUAAGCACUUUUGGCGUUGUUCCCCUGGUAUAAUUCGCAAAUAUUUGUAAAUAACACGGUUUUGGUGUCGCUUCAACCCGCGGCAACAGUUUUACAGUAACCCAAUUCCUCGGGAAAACGACUUGGCUACACUGAUCAGGUAGCAUCUGGUACAGUUUUUCUAAGGAAAGUCAUGACAAACAUUUACCUUAAAACUCCACCCAUGAAGACGUCAUGACUCUUCCCAGGAGUUUCAGGGCUUUCUCAACCUCAGCUGACGGUGAGAUCACUUCGUGUGGGUGAGCGUGGAAGGAUUCCGUUUUCGGUUUAAAGCACUAGUCCCGGCUUGAAACGCAUUUGCACCAUGGCUGCUGUGAAGGCGCUUCAACAGUGGUGCAAAAUCCGGUGUGAAGGAUACCGGGACGUGUCGAUCACCAACAUGACCACAUCUUUCCGAGACGGUCUGGCUUUCUGCGCUCUGAUUCACAAACACAGACCGGACUUGAUAGAUUUUGAUUCUUUGAGCAAGGAAAAUAUCUAUGAAAACAAUAAACGGGCUUUCGAGGUUGCAGAGAAGGAGUUGGGUAUACCUGCCUUGCUGGAUGCUGAAGACAUGGUUGCUCUAAAAGUGCCUGAUCGCCUCAGCAUUCUGACCUACGUGUCCCAGUACUACAAUUAUUUCCAUGGACGCUCUCCUAUUGGAGGUAUGGGAGGGAUUAAAAGACCAGCUGAAGAGACUAAUGAAGCGCCAUCUGAGAAGAAGAACCAACCUAUCACAGCUAAAGUUUCUGCAGCCACAGAGAACGUGACGCCUAAACCAACAAAUGACUAUAAGAGAGAAGUUUUGACUGAACGUGGCAAUAAAUCUACCCUGAGCAGCAGCUGUAGUGUGUGCAAGCAGCAUGUUCACCUUGUGCAGCGCCACCUAGUGGAUGGGAAACUGUACCACAGGAACUGCUUUAAAUGCAAAGAGUGUUCCACUAUUCUUCUCUCUGGCACCUACAAGCCUGGAAAGGUAGCGGGCUCUUUUAUCUGCAAGACACACACAGGCAUAGAGAAGCCUCUGACGGCCCUGACCACACACAUCACAGUAGCUCCACCAAAAACACCGUCCACUUUUAUUAGCAAGAUGGACCAGAAUGCAUCAGGUGGAGGUACUGGAAAAGCUGGUUUAAAACCUAGCACAUCUAAACAUGGUUGGCUGGCCAAUAAUAGUGACCGCACACCCACCCGUGAGUUACCUGUCAUACACACUCCAGCUGUUCAGCUCAUGCCAGCACCAAAAACAUCUCUAGCACCAGAGACUGCAAACGUGAAAACCUCCUUUAGCCCCAGAACGCCAACAGAGUCUCUUAAACCUGUGUACAGUGUACAGAAGAACCAAGAAGCCAAAAAGAGAUUCUUUGAGUCUAGCAGCAAUCCCAGCAGUCCUGUUCCUGCCAGUAAGAACACCUCAUCAUACACCUCAACUAUAUCUGUGAGUACAGCAAGUGUUAAAACUCCUACACCAGAAAGCACAAUACCUAGAGUCCCUGCAGGAGCCACAGCUGCUAAAGAUAGAGUCCUGCUGCGGGUGGGAGACUGGGCAAAAACACAGGACUUGGAAAAAGAGAAGGAGAAUGCAAAGGAGAAAGCCAAAGCUGUGAUCGGGAAGAUGGUGAUGGAGGAAAGGAAAAACAACAGCUCGUCUCCGAGUCUAGCUGGGCUGAAAGCAAAUAACAGUAAUGUUUCCCCUGUGGGAUCGGGUGCUAAAGGCCCCUCGGGUAAGGUGUGUCUCAAAGCACAUGAUACCAGUGUGGAACCUACUGCCCCCACUGCUUCAGCACCAUCCUGGAUCAAAGAUAAAACCUUAUCCAGGCCUGCGUGCACGCUGCCGUCCAACAGCAAGGAAAACAGUGCCGCUCCAUCUGACUGGAGGUCCAUGCUCAAGCCUGUGAAAACUGUCGGUUCAACAGAAAGCACUGGCUCACCCUCAAAGAGACCGGAAGCAGUUUCCUCUCCACGGACACCAGGUCCUUGGAUCUCUCAGACAUCUGUCCCAGCACCAUCUACCACGAACAUCAUCAUUAGCAUCAACUCUCCUGGAGUUCCUUCUCCUGGAGUUCCUUCUCCUGGAGUUCCUUCUCCUGGAGUUCCAUCUCCUAGAGUUCCAUCUCCUAGAGUUCCAUCUCCUAGAGUUCCAUCUCCUAGAGUUCCUUCUCCUAGCCCAAUGCAAAACGGGCCUAAAUCUAGUGACUCCAGCCGUGGCAGCAGUGUAUCUCCUGUUAGUCCCUCAGGGACUGAAACUCACAAAUUGCACAAGCCGGGUUACAUUCCCAAGGAAGACAUUCAAAAAGAACUGAAGGAAAUCGAGAUGAAUAUGAAUGAGUUGGAGAAAAGAGGGGUAGAGCUGGAAAAACAACUCCGACAGUGUGAUGAGGAAGGAGAAGAUGACACAUUAAUGAAUGACUUAAUGGUGGACUGGUUUACCCUCAUCAGAAACAAACAGGCCUACCUGAGACGCGAAUCCGAGCUUGUGUACAUUGCCAAGACACAAGAUCUAGAGGAAGAGCAACCCAGUGUUGAGGCCGAACUCAGGAAACUGAUGGACAAACCAGAGCAUCUGAGGACCUCUUGGGAUCGUAAACGAGAGGUAGAGCUGAUGGCCAAACUUGUGGAGAUUGUGAACGAUCGGAAUGCCAUACUGGAGGGGCUGGAUGAAGACCGACUGAGGGAGGAAGAGGAGGACGAGCAGCUGAAUAGGAUGAUGCAGAAUCUUGAUAAGAAGAAAAAAAAAGGAAGGAGAAAAUCCACAUACCGGUGUUUUGGUUUUAAAAGUAAACGGGCGUCCGCAGAAGACUGAUCCUCAUGGAGGGUGUGUGUGUGUGUGUGUGUGUGUGUGUGUGUGUGUGUUAUGUCCUGGACCGAAUGUUUCUGGUUCAGUUUGAGGUCCGAUCAUUAAAUCUAAAUUGCAGUUAUGCAGCCUUCUACAAAUGGUAUUUUUUUUUAUGAAAUCACAUCAUGUAUUUUCACACUCAUAUUUUUGCACAUUUUUCAUCUGUCUCCCCAUUUCCCGUCUUUGUGGGUGUGAUUGAUGCAUUUGUUAGCAAAUGUUUUGCACUUGAAUCCUUUGUAUAAUGUCAAUCGUAUCUCUGUCAGUGUUUCAUUAGGGAAUUGGACAGUGUUGAGAGAAAGGUCUUAAAGUCAUAUUGAUUCAUAUUGGAUCAAAGCUGAAAAUGGACAUGGGUUAAGGUCCGACCUAAACUGUAUUCACUCUUUGAAACUUUACUUUUUACUAAGUAUUUUUAAUUGAGAAUAUCACUAAUUUUUGCUGAAACUUUUCUAUAUCAGUCAUUUUAAUUAUGUAUUAUCCUGGCACACUUCUAACUCAGCAGCAGGGGGCAGACUGUGACUUAUUUCAGCCAUCUCAACAACCUGUGAGAAAACUGAUUUAAUAGGGUCUUU